UCGCCCACCGCUCCUCUCCCGACCGCCCCGGCGGUUGCGCGGGGAUCCUCGGGCGCCUCACUGUCUGGGUCAGGCGGGGCGCGCGCAGUGCGGAAGGGCCUGAGCGGACGGAGGUUACCAAAUAACGCUCCUUCUCAUAGAUUGCUUUUAUUGAUCGCUUGUCAUGGCAGCAGGAGGUGGUCCCUUUGAAGAAGGCAUGAAUGAUCAGGACUUGCCCAGCUGGAGCAAUGAGAGCCUUGACGACCGACUGAACAACACGGACUGGGGAGGUCAACAGAAGAAAGCAAAUAGAUCUUCAGAAAAAAACAAGAAAAAGCUUAGUGGGGAAGGUGAAACAAGACUUACUAAUGACAUAUCUCCAGAAUCUUCACCUGGAAUGGAACGACGGAAGACCAGAACUUCUCAUAGCUUUCCUCAUGCUCGAUACAUGACUCAGAUGUCUGUUCCAGAGCAGGCUGAACUAGAAAGGCUUAAACAAAGAAUAAACUUCAGUGAUUUGGAUCAGAGAAGCAUUGGAAGUGAUUCUCAAGGCAGGGCAACGGCUGCUAAUAACAAACGUCAACUUAAUGAAAACAAAAAACCAUUCAACUUCCUGUCACUGCAGAUUAACACUAACAAAAGCAAAGAUCCUGCCUCAGGUUCCCAAAAAAAGGAAGGUGUGGUAUCAGCACAAUGUAAAGAGUUUGGAGCUGCUCUGAGCAAGGAUUUCUUGCCAAAUUGUCAAGUGUCUGCUCAAGAAGAUGGAAGGCAAGAACAAGCGAUGGAUAGUAGCCAGAUUGUGAGCAGACUAGUUCAGAUUCGCGACUAUAUUGCUAAGGCCAGCUCCAUGCGGGAUGAUCUUGUAGAGAAAAAUGAAAGAUCGGCCAAUGUUGAGCGUUUAUCACACCUUAUAGAUGACCUUAAAGAGCAGGAGAAAUCCUAUCUGAAAUUUUUGCAAAAGAUGCUUGCUAGAGAAAAUGAGGAGGAUGAUAUUCGGACUAUAGAUUCAGCUGUGGGAUCUGGUUCUGUAGGUGAGAGCACAUCGCUAAACAUUGAUGUGCAGUCUGAGGCUUCAGAUACCACGGAGGUAUCUUUUAGUUUGAGUUGUCGGCCCCGCAUUGAGGACAAACUAGGGAAUUCAGCUUCACAAGAACAGGUUACAGUCACUGAUGUUACACCAAGCCCUAAAGGGAAAAGUGAGAGAGCUGCUCUGAAUGACAGGGAAAUCUGGCCUUGUGGGAUUAAUAGCCAGGAUCAUGGAUUGCUUUCCAAGGCCAGAGAUCCUCAACAGGAAGCUAAAGAGGAGUUGGAGAAUUUGAAGAAACAACAUGAUUUAUUGAAAAGGAUGCUACAACAGCAGGAGCAAUUAAAGGCUCUUCAAGGAAGACAAGCAGCUCUUCUUGCUUUGCAGCAUAAAGCAGAGCAAGCCAUUGCUGUCCUGGAUGAUUCUGUUGUAACAGAAACUACAGGUAGCGUUUCAGGAGUAAGUCUUACAUCAGAACUGAAUGAAGAAUUGAAUGACUUAAUUCAACGCUUUCACAACCAACUUCAUGAUUCUCAGACACAGUCUGUGCCCGACAAUAGAAGGCAAGCAGAAAGCCUUUCACUUACCAGAGAGAUUUCACAAAGUAGAAAUUCUUCAAUGUCUGAACACCAGUCAGAUGAGAAGGCACAUCUUUUUAACAAGAUGCGAAUGUUGCAGGGUAAAAAGCAAAAAAUGGACAAACUAUUAGGAGAACUUCAUACACUUCGUGACCAGCAUCUAAAUAACUCUUCCUUUUUUCCUGCUUCAGGUUCUCCUCAAAGGAGUGUUGAUCAAAGAAGUACAACUUCAGCUGCAUCUGGUCCUGUAGGCAUAGUAACUGUUGUCAACGGUGAAUCAAAUAGUCUGGCACCUGCUCCCUAUCCUCCUGAUUCCCUGGUUUCUCAAAAUGAGAGUGAAGAGGAUGAAAAUCUAAAUCCAACAGAAAAACUUCAGAAGCUAAAUGAGGUUCGUAAGAGGCUGAAUGAGUUACGUGAGUUAGUUCACUACUAUGAGCAGACAUCUGAUAUGAUGACAGAUGCUGUGAAUGAAAACACUAAGGAGGAGGAAGAAACAGAAGAAUCAGAAAGUGAUUCUGAACAUGAGGAUCCACAGCCUGUUACAAAUAUUAGAAACCCUCAAGGAAUCAGUAGUUGGAGUGAAAUAAAUAGCAACUCAAAUGUACAGUGUGGAGCUAAUAACAGAGAUGGAAGACAUCUUAAUACAGACUGUGAAAUAAACAACCGAUCUGCUGCUAAUAUAAGGACUCUAAAAAUGUCUUCUGCCUUAGACUGUCAUAAUAGGGAGAAAGACAAACACCUCGACCUACCCCAAGGUGAAGAUGAUGAAGUGGAAGAAAAUCGAGUUAGUGAAGAUUCCAUUUCUAGUCACAGAAGCAGCCUGGGUGAUGUUGCUGGAGAUGCUGAGUUUGAGCAGAAGAUCAAUAGGCUUAUAGCUGCAAAACAGAAACUUAGACAGUUACAAAACCUUGCUGCUAUGGUGCAGGAUGAUGAUCCAGAACCUCAAGGAACAAUUGCGAAUGCGUCUAAUAUUGGUGACUUAUUGUGUGAGAUGGAAGAGACAAAACAACAACCAAACAAUGUCCGAGCAAGUUCCAACAAGUUAAAGAAAGAUGUACGACUAAAUGAAAAAGCAAGGGAGAAGUUCUAUGAAGCUAAACUUCAGCAGCAGCAACGGGAGCUUAAGCAGUUACAAGAAGAAAGAAGAAAACUGAUUGAAAUUCAGGAAAAAAUUCAAGUGUUACAGAAAGCUUGUCCUGACCUUCAAUUGUCAGCUGGUCUGGGUAACUGCCCAACAAAUAGACAGACUUCUCAAGCAACAUCAGCUCCAUCCAUGAAUGAGUGUAACACAGCUGGCAAGCCUUUAUUUGAGUGUGAUGAAUCUGUGCCAGUAGGCAAUGAGCAGUUAUGGUCUGAGAUGAGAAGACAUGAGAUUUUAAGAGAAGAAUUGCGGCAGAGAAGAAAGCAACUAGAAGCUUUAAUGGCUGAAGAUCAGAGAAGGAGAGAGCUUGCAGAAACAAUAUCUACUGUUGCUGCAUCUGUUAAAAGUGAAGGGUCAGAAGCCCACUGUACUCCACAGCAGAGCAGGACUGAAAAGACAAUGGCUACCUGGGGAGGUUCUACCCAGUGUGCCCUAGAGGAAGACAAUGGAGAUGAAGACGGUUAUCUCUCUGAUGGAGUUGGUCAGGCAGAAGAAGAGGAAGAAGAUGCAUCCAGUUUGAAUGACAGUUUCUCUGUUUAUCCCAAUAACAACAUACCAGAAAAUGCCUAUUUUGUUAAAGGAAACAAAGAUAGGUGGAAAAAUUGCCAUCCACUUUCAGCAGAUGGAAAUUUUCGUCAAGCAUCUAAGGCUAGGCAACAGCAAAACAUAAGUAUGCGGCGUCAGGAAAAUUUUCGGUGGAUGUCUGAGCUUUCCUAUGUGGAAGAAAAGGAACAGUGGCAAGAGCAGAUCAAUCAGCUGAAGAAACAGCAUGAAUUUAGUGUCAGCAUUUGUCAAACUUUGAUGCAGGAUCAGCAGACACUCUCUUGCCUUCUGCAGACUUUGCUUACAGGCCCCUACAGUAUGAUGCCCAAUAAUGUUGCAUCUUCGCAGAUACAUCUUAUUAUGCAUCAAUUAAAUCAGUGUUACACUCAACUGACUUGGCAGCAGAAUAAUGUCCAAAGGCUGAAGCAAAUGUUAAGUGAUCUUAUGCAGCAACAAGAAAAACAGUGUCAAGAGAAAUCAUCAAGAAAGGAGAGAGGCAGUAGUGCACCACCUCCUCCCUCUCCUGUUUUCUGUCCAUUCAACUUCCCUCCACAACCUAUGAACCUCUUUAGUGUUCCAGGAUUUAAUAAUUUUUCUUCCUUUACUCCAGGCAUUAACUAUAACCCAGUGUUCCCAUCUGGUUUUGGAGAUUUUGCACAGAACGUUUCUCCACGCAGCAGUGAGCAGCAGGAGCAACAACAUCCUCUAGAUCAUAAUACUUCUGGGAAAACUGAGUAUGUGGCAUUCCCCAAACCUUUUGAAAGCAGUUCCUCUAAUGGAGCAGAAAAACAAAGAAGGACUCAUAGACAACCUGAAGAGGAAAUGGAAAAAAGAUCAACAUGGCUUGAUGAUAGCCAAGAAAUGAAAAAAGAUGAUCAGUCUCAGCUGAAAGCAGGUUUUGCAGUUUCAGUACAAAACAUUGCUUCUGGUCAUAAAAAUCAGUGUGAUAGGAACCGGAGAAGAGAUUUUGAUGAAGAGUCUUUGGAGAGUUUCAGUAGCAUGCCUGAUCCAAUAGACCCAACUACUGUGACAAAGACAUUUAGAUCUAGAAAAGCAUCAGCGCAAGCAAGCCUGGCAUCAAAAGAUAAAACACCCAAAUCAAAGAAUAAGAGGAAGAGUUCUUCUCAGCUAAAAGGCAGAAUUAAAAAUUCUGGUUAUGAAAGUGCAAGUGCUUCUAGUGUGUGUGGACCCUGCAAGAACAAUAAAAGCAGACACUCUGAUGACGUGGUUCAUGCAAAGGUGUUCAGCAAAAGGAAUCAGGAACAACUGGAAAAAAUAAUUAAAUACAGUAGAUCUACAGAAAUGUCUUCAGCGCAUGCUAGGAGAAUUCUGCAGCAGUCUAACAGAAAUGCAUGCAUUGAAGCGCCAGAAACUGGUAGUGAUCUUUCUAUGUUUGAAGCUUUGCGAGACACAAUUUAUUCUGAAGUAGCAACUCUUAUUUCUCAAAAUGAGUCUCGUCCCCACUUUCUUAUUGAACUUUUCCAUGAGCUUCAGCUGCUAAAUACAGAUUAUCUGAGGCAAAGGGCUCUAUAUGCUUUACAGGAUAUAGUGACCAGACAUAUAUCUGAGAAGAAUGAAAAAGGGAAGUGUGCAAAAUCACUGAAUUCUGCAACAUGGGUGGCAUCAAAUUCUGAACUCACUCCUAGUGAAAGCAUUGCCUCUACAGAUGACGAAACUUUUGGCAAGAACUUUCCUACAGAAGCAUGUCAAGAUUGUGAACAACCUGAUGUGGACAAUGGGAGUACUAUGUCUACUUCUUCAAAUUUUGAGCCCUUUGCCACUGAUGAUCUUGGCAACACAGUCAUUCACUUAGAUAAAGCUUUGUCUUGGAUGAGGGAAUAUGAGCGUAUGAAAGUUGAAGCUGAAAGUACCCUUGACUCUGAGGGCUGCUCUAGUAAUUUUCAGGGUGCUUCUACUGCUAAAUUAGAAGGUCCAGGUAUGAGUGAAUGUCAGUCUGUGCCACAGUCAGAUGAUGUUUCUGCAGUUCCAUGUCCUCGUAUAGAUACUCAGCAGCUUGACCGGCAGAUUAAAGCAAUUAUGAAAGAGGUCAUUCCUUUUCUGAAGGAACACAUGGAUGAAGUAUGCUCUUCUCAAUUACUGACAUCAGUAAGACGUAUGGUCUUGACUCUUACACAACAAAAUGAUGAAAGUAAAGAAUUUGUGAAGUUCUUUCAUAAGCAGCUUGGCAGUAUACUUCAGGAUUCACUGGCAAAAUUUGCUGGUAGAAAAUUAAAAGAUUGUGGGGAGGAUCUUCUUGUGGAGAUCUCUGAAGUGUUAUUCAAUGAAUUAGCCUUUUUUAAACUCAUGCAAGACUUGGACAACAACAGUAUUUCUGUGAAGCAGAGAUGUAAACGAAAAAUAGAAACUACUGAAGUAAUGCAGACUUAUGCUAAAGAGGCAAAAAAAGGUCUCCAGGUGGAUGUUUGUUCUUCUGUUGAAGAUGUUGAUGAGGACAAAGACAAGGAUGAGACUGAAACUGCUAAACAAGUACCGGACUCAGAAGUGUGUGCUGGUAAUGGAGUGCCUGAAAGUAUUAGAUCUGAUGCGUCUGAUCAAGAGGAAGAUGAGGAAAGUGAAAGCAGUCCAGUAGCAAUAAGUUUAUCAAAAGCAGAAACCCAAGCUCUGACUAACUAUGGCAGUGGAGAAGAUGAGAAUGAAGAUGAAGAAAUAGAAUUUGAGGAAGGACCUGUUGAUGUGCAAACAUCACUACAAGCUAGCAGUGAAACAACUGAAAAUGAACAGACUUCAAACCAAGAUUUGAGUAAGGCAAAAAGCAGUGAGAUUCUGUCAUCAGAACAAGAACCUGUUAAUGUUAAAGGUGAACAAGAUGCGGCUGCAGCUGUGCCUCAUUACCUCAGUGUCAUGGAGAAUACACCAGCUUUAACAGUUGAUACCCCAGAAUCGUUUAUAACAGACACUGUGAAAACAGAAGGAUCAAGCUCCUCUUUAGCAGUGAAUGAAACUCAAACACCAGAUACCACGUGUGCAGAAAACAAAUCUGGUGCAAGUUCUGAGAGCUCCAUGGCUGGCAGCCCUGAUACAGAGUCACCUGUGCUAGUGAAUGAAUAUGAACCUGGUUCUGGAAAUGUAAGUCAAAAAUCUGAUGAAGAUGACUUUGUGAAAGUUGAAGACUUGCCCCUCAAACUUGCUGUGUAUUCAGAGGCAGAUUUAAUGAAGAAAAUGGAAACAGAGGCCCAAAGCAAGAGUUUGUCUGAUGAAUUACUGGAUGGAGGUGGAGCUCAAGAUCAAGAAUUAAUAGGAGAUGCCCAAACAUUGAAAGAACCUGAAACUUUUGGAGCUCAAAACGCAUAAGAAUAACCCGGAGAUAUCUGCAUUUAUAAACUCUAUGUAUACAAGUGCAUAUGGAAGAUCAGCACUAAUGUCCCAGAAUUCUGAAAGUGUAUAAAAAUGUAAAAUUUUUAACACGCUGCCUCUUAGGAUAGGUAUGUGAUCUUCUGCCUGUGGCAGUUUAAACAGCUGGAACUGAAUACACUUCUAUUCAGUUUUGCUGCACUGUUCUUUUUCUGUCUUAAUUUUUUAUUUUUUAUUGUGACUUGUUUGGUAAUUUUAAAAUUGUUCAAAAUGGUAGUUUUAAAUAAAGUUUGGACUUGUCUGUAAAUUUUCUCUUUUGAAAAAUUUUCUUUGGUUUAUAAACUGGUAUGCUGAGUUUGGUGCUGGAAGUUAAUUGACCUGCUGACAUGCUUGUAGCAGUGUGCUCUUCUCUUAUAAGAAACACUGCUAAUUUUUCUGGGACAAGAAAUUCUCCAAGUUUCUUGUAUCUUCUCAAAAUACAAGGUAUAGACUCAGUACGUACCUAGAUGUUGUCUUUAUAGCCUAGAGUAUAGCUUAUCUGUAACAAAAAAGUUCCUGUUCAUGGCCUUCAGAAUUCCUUCCUAUCAGCACAUUUAUCUGAGGUGAAGUUGAAUACCCCAGAUUUGUAGUUAAUUGCAGAAACCAGCUGUAUUAUUCUGCAUUUGCUGAAUCCUUUUGAUGUUCAAAGGAUUAAACCUGUCUGAAAAUGUUAAUAUCUUUUCAUAGCUAACACUUAAAAUUGCUGCAAUUGAAGGUCUGUAGAAUACAUUCUCAAGUGUUUGACUUUGUAAUGAAAUUCAGGAAACUACAAUUAAAGUUAAUGUUUUUAAAAAACAGUCGAAGUCAGCACCUCCUCGAGUGUCAUGGUAAAGAUGGAAUUAGAAUUACAGAAAAGUAGAUAAGAAAACCUUGUUCAGUUUUUCAGAUCAGUGUUAUCAGCAGCUCUAAGUCAUAAAAUUGAGCUUGAAGCAGCUUAUUCAGCAGACCUGCUGCAUUAUAAAAAUCCUGUUUACCUUAAACACAAGGCUUUUCUUGAAAGUAGUUAAAAAGCACUGGUCAUCUUCAGUUCAGGAUUGUGUUGCUUUUGAAGUUAGUAUGAUAAUAUGGCUAUAUACCGUGGGAGACAGUAUAGUGAUGGUGAAGCCUAAAUAUGCUUGAAGUUUAAAUAAAAUGAGAAUGUAA